CAAAACGCGGUUUGUUCUUCGUGUUUCAGCAGUACUACACCCUAUAGUAAUAGUAAAAAGCUCUAUGUAAAAUUGUGCUACAGUGCAUGUUUCAUAGUCCGUGCCAGUGUUUAUCCCAGAAGUAACAUUCGUGCGUCCAGAUGGAAUUGGAAGAAGCAACAAUCGCUCCACCGUUGGGUGGUAAAACAAUUUACUGGUCAUCGUUGAUAGCGGGUGGAGUGGCCGGACUAGUAGUAGAUGUUGUGCUAUUUCCUAUCGAUACGAUUAAAACUCGCUUACAGAGUGAGCGUGGCUUCGUCGCUUCCGGUGGAUUCCGUGGCGUUUACAAGGGGCUUGCUCCGACCGCGGCUGGCAGUGCCCCAACGUCGGCACUCUUCUUUUGCACGUAUGAAAGUAUGAAAUCACACCUACGACAGUACGCCGCACACGACCAGCUCCCGUACGUGCACAUGAUGUCUGCUGCUGUCGCCGAAGUGGUGGCCUGUCUGAUCCGUGUACCAAUCGAAAUUGUAAAACAACGCCGGCAAGCUUUACUGCACAAAGCCAAUGCAUCGUCACUUGAAAUUCUGUACGGCGCGCUCAAGAAGGAAGGUAUCCGGAAGGGUCUGUACCGUGGUUUCGGUACAACUGUGAUGCGCGAUGUGCCUUUUUCGUUGAUACAGUUCCCGCUUUGGGAGUACUUUAAACUGCACUGGACUGACACGACUGGUACCGCGUUAACGCCCCUAUCCGUGGCAAUCUGUGGAGCGAUUUCCGGUGGCAUUGCGGCCGGUCUUACAACGCCACUCGAUGUAGCGAAAACACGCAUCAUGCUAGCGGAACAACUAGAAAGCAACCGGAUGGGUGGAAUGGGUCGAAUACUGCGCAAUAUAUACAGAGAGCGAGGGAUUAGAGGUGUGUUUGCCGGGUUUGUUCCGCGCGUUACGUGGAUAACACUGGGUGGGGCCAUAUUUUUCGGAAUGUAUGACCUAACGUUACGCUUCUUGAAAGCGAACGAAAACAGGUGAAAUACUUUCGGAUCGCAACCAGGUAUAUAACCAAAGAAUACUACACAAAAUCAUUAGUUAAUU